AUGUCUGAAAAAUUAUUCAUCUGCGCUAAAACAGGUGUCUACUGGGACGUCGUGGAUUGCCCACUCCCCGUGGAUCUCAGUCCUGAUAUGAUAUAUGCUAAUAUUGAAUCAGGUCUUGAGUCCAUGGGUUAUCACGGUGAGUUGUCGACAAUCUGGGCAUAUACUAAGAAGGUCCCGGAGAGUGAGUUUUUUGACUACAAUGCAGUUGGAAUCAUGAUGGUACGAGAGAAAGGUGAUCAAUAUGACAGAGUUGAUAGGAUGACAAGGGACAUCCUCUUCUUUGCACUGGACAAUCCUAAAAGACCAACAAAUUUGAUGAUAAUCGCAAACAACAUGUCGAUGAAACCGGAGCUGAUCAGGGUUCUUCAGUCUUUGAAAUCCAGAAAUAUCAAUGUUGUGGUAGCGCAGCCUGAUGCCCUUGUGCCGGUAGAGCUUCACGGAAUUGUGACUGGUGUAUGCCUUUCCAAGAGUCUAUUAGAUGGAGGAAAGGCAACUAUGUUGGAGUUGGAUCCAGAGAUUAAGAAUGUGACCAACCUUGAUUAUUUCCAGCAAGUGUCCAAAAGACCUUCUUACGAGAGCAUAGGCAACACAGGAGUCUUCUGGAACACCAAGGGUUGCCCAGACCCUAAAGCUCUGGAGUUAGAUUUCUGUUCAAUCGAUAAGAGUAUCAAAUCAUGCCUUGCUAGUAUGGAUAAAAGUGGUAGUAGGGUGACGUCAAUCUCGGCUUAUGAAGUUGGCGGGAAGGUAACGGUUUGGAAUGGAGGGUCGGACACCAAAAUGGUUUUACACAAAGGAUAUCGAUUGCAGAGGAUGUUAUUGGACAUUCUUUUGUGGGCUAUUGACAACCGUGUGGGACAAUAUCUGAAUACGGAUCGAGAACCAAAUGUCAUGGUAAUCACAAGAGACAUCCCAAAAGGCAGGGAUUUCAACAACACUCUGAAGUUUUUGAGUGCAAGAGAUUGCAAUAUCAUCUUUGGGGUGCCUGAUGAGCUCAAAUCUGUAAGCUCCUGGACAACUCUUACAGUCUUUGGAGAACCUUUCUUCUCAAGUCAUGCAGAAUCCAUCCAAUGUAGAGACUCAAAAUCUUUGUAA